AUGAGCGGGCGGUGGUGGAGAAGGGCGUUGAUGGUUGCAGCCACUUUGGCGGACUGGACAGUAAGGGUUGAGGCCGCCUCCAGAGAUCAAUGGCUCGGUCGCUCCGUCUACCAAAUAGUUACCGAUCGCUUUGCUCGAACCGACAACUCAACCACCGCCGCUUGUGAUGCAGCACAAGGCAAUUACUGUGGGGGCUCGUUCCGCGGCAUCAUCAACAAGCUCGAUUAUAUCCAGGAACUCGGCUUCGACGCAAUCUGGAUCUCUCCGGCACAAAGCCAAAUAUCAGAAAGAACCGCGGAUCUUUCAGCAUACCAUGGCUACUGGCCCAACGACCUCUAUUCCAUCAACUCCCACUUCGGUACCUCCAAUGACCUCAAAGCUCUAUCCUCGGCCUUGCACAAGCGUGGGAUGUACUUGAUGCUGGAUGUCGUGGUCGGGGAUAUGGCCUGGGCGGGGAAUUCCACCACGGUCGACUACAGCACGUUCAACCCUUUCAACGAUCGGAAAUAUUUCCACGACUACAAACUACUCUCUUCGGACCCCACAAAUGACACUUGUGUUUUGGAUUGCUGGAUGGGAGACAAUAUUGUCUCGCUCCCAGAUCUGCGAAAUGAGGACGAGCAGGUUCAGCGCAUGCUGGGCACUUGGGUCUCGGAGCUGGUCUCAAACUACUCUGUCGAUGGGCUGCGUAUCGACAGUGUCUUGAACAUUGACCCCGACUUUUUCUCCGGCUUCAACAAAUCCGCGGGAGUUUUCCUUUUUGGCGAAGGUGCCACAAAGACUGCAGCAGACAUUUGUCCACUGCAGUCUGAUCUAAACGGACUGUUGAAUUAUCCGUUGUAUUAUAUCCUCACCAACGCCUUCAAUACGACACAUGGCGACCUGAGCGCCAUUUUCCAGUCUAUUGACUACACCAAGUCACUGUGCACGGACGUUCUGGCCCUGGGAACGUUCACAUCGAAUCAGGACGUCCCUCGCUUUGGCUCGUAUACUUCGGACAUAUCCCUUGCUCGCAACAUUCUCACCACCAGCAUGCUGGCAGACGGUAUACCCAUUCUCUAUUACGGUGAAGAGCAGCACCUAUCGGGGGCAUUUAACCCAGUGAAUCGUGAGGCUCUCUGGCGCACGAACUACUCGAUGGAUUCGACCUCCCUCCCGUCGCUCGUCCAAUCGCUGAACCACAUUCGAUCAUAUGCCAGCGGUGAUGGCAAACAGUACACGCUCAAGUCGCAGGCUGGGCGUGACUAUCUCUCGUACCUGUCCUUGCCGAUCUACAACUCAACCAACAUACUGGCCAUCCGCAAGGGCUUCGCUGGCAAUCAGGUUGUGAGCGUCGUAUCUAACCUGGGAGCCAAGCCCGCCACCAAAGCCACCACCAAAUUCACCCUGGGCGCCGACGGCACGGGUUUCCAAUCCCGACAGAACGUGACGGAGAUCCUUUCUUGCAAAACAUUUGUCACCGAUGCCAGCGGCAAUCUCACGGUUGACCUCAGCUCGGAUGGCGGUCCUCGGGUGUACUAUCCCACUGACAGCCUGAAGAAGAGCACCAAUAUCUGUAAGGAUGAAUCCUCAACCGGAACGUCGAGUAGCUCGUCAGCCUCGUCAGCAAGCCCCUCGUCCUCCACCGGGGCUCAGUCUUCCUUAUUCGGUCUGUCGAGGGAGAUAAGGACGGUGCUGGUGACGGCAGCCAUGGCCACCUCUUACUUAGUCAUCUAA